AUGAACCCUAAUCUAGGCAAACUAUACUAUGCAUUCACAACCCGUCCAAAGGAAAUGACAGCAUGGGAGAUGGAAGAUUGGGUGGACGGACAGUCGAAAAGAACAGGCAGGGGAUUUUACGUCCCUAAAGGCGAAAUUUUCUGUCGUGUGCUUAAUCAAAAUGGGAUUCUAUGUAAAAACACGAAAAAUUUCGGGACGUCGAGUAUUUUGGUUCAUUACAAAAGAUAUCAUGUGGUUGAAUAUCAUACCUCAGCUCCUCGCAGCCGUACUAGAACAAAAGAACAAGCAGAACGGUCCAAGAAGUGUUUCGAGCAACAAGUACUUCAAGUGCUGCGAGCAAAUAAUAUCAAUGAAAAUGGAACUUGGGAGGAGUUAACAGAAAUGAUCAAGAGAUAUGAGCUGCGUGAAAAGCAGCUUGGGUCUAAGAAGGCCACCCAGAUUAGACAAGCGUAUGACGCUAGCGAAGCUAAUGAACAGGAUGAUGCAGCUUUAAUAAGUAUAAGACGACCCGUCGCAGAAGUGUUUUCAACUGUAAUUGAGAACAAUGCUAAAUUGGCCAAAUCGAUUACCGCCAUGGGGAAAGCAACUGAAAUGGAAGCUGAAAGGCAAAAAAUGGUGUCUCCUCGUAAACGAGCGGUUUCUGAUAUAGGUAAAGAAGGGAUUGAAAAACGGGCUAGAACGGAGGAAAAGACUUCACUAUCGGCUGGCGGAACAAUUGAGAAUAAUCCCCAGUAA